AUGACCGACUUUCUAGCUAUAAACCCACUUUCCAUUUCAGCUACAGACUCUCCACGUUUCCCCUUUCUCAAUUCACACCCAACUCCUUCAACCAGAACCCAACUCAACCCAAUUUUCCUUUCCCCCUUUUCUCCCAAACCAUCCAAAACCACCUAUGCCAACAACAUCGUUUCCGCAGCCUUGAGCUCCAGGUUCAACGGAAGGCCAGGUCCACCAUCAAAGGGCCAUAGCUUUUACAAAGAACUUCAAUUUGACAACACAACGGAGAACGAUUUUGGGUUGGAGUUGGAGUUGGAAAGAAACCUACUUGACAAGGGUUCGUCCAAAGAAACUGACGGGUCUAUUCCAUUAGAUGAGAAUGAUGAUAAGGGAAGUGGAAAGAGUGAGAACGAAUUGCGGGAAGACGAUUUGAUUCGGGUUCGCGGCGACGGAGAAGGAGAUGACGGGGUUGAUUUGAGAAAAGAUGAUAAAGUUGAGAAAUUUGGUGGUAAUAUUAGGUUAAGGAAAGUUAAACAAGUGAUUAGACGGUCGAAUUUGUUGGCGAAGCAGGUGAUCAGCAUUCAAUCUGCUCUUAGUUUAGGGUUUGUCUCCCAGCUUUGGGUGGACACCACCUCUUGGAUUGUCUUGUUUGUAGAGGUCAGGUCAAACUUGCUUUCUGGUGAUUCAGAAAAAUUCCUUCUUGAGGAUAUCACUCAGGUUGGGGAUGUUGUCCUUGUCCCAGAUGAAAGGGUAAUGGACAGCGAAUAUAGAAUGAUUGGAUUGGAGACUCUGGUUGGAUACAAAGUUGUAACACCAUCUCUACGUAAUAUUGGAAAGGUGCGCGGCUACAAUUUCAGCAUCAAUUCAGGUGCUGUUGAAGAACUGGAGAUAGACUCAUUUGGACUAUCUAUCAUUCCAUCCAGUUUGGUGAGUACCUACUCUUUGAUGGUUGAGGAUGUUCUGGAAGUGGUAUCUGACGCAGUUGUAGUACAUGAAGCUGCAGCUUUACGAAUACAAAGGCUUUCAAAGGGUAUUUUGGGCAACCAGAAUGUGGGAAUCUCAGUGGAUGAUGUUGAUGAUUAUGAGUCUGAACAAUCUGCGACAUAUGGUGGUGCUUCAAGGAGAAGAAAAAGUUUUGGAAGAAAGAAACCCAAUCCAAGAGAUUGGGAUAGAAAUGAAGAUAAUUGGGAGCUUCCUAUGGACUACCUCUAA